UAUGCAUAUAUAGACUAUACAGUAGUGAUUAUAAAUUGUUCUGCAUUCUCUAAGCCACCUAGCUACCUAGCUAAGUCAUGAUGUUCAUGAGGAGCUGCACCAAAAUUGCACAAGUCUCCCUAGCUUUGCUAAUGCUACUUGGUGUGGAAGCAGCCACUGCUUCAGAGUUUAACUACGGCGAGGCUUUAGACAAGAGUUUGCUCUUUUUCGAGGCACAAAGAUCUGGUAAACUGCUCCCAAACCAGCGAGUCAAGUGGCGCAGUGACUCAGGACUUAAGGAUGGCCUAGCUCAAGGGGUGGACCUGGUUGGAGGGUAUUAUGAUGCAGGGGAUCAUGUGAAAUUUGGACUACCAAUGGCAUUCACAGUGACAAUGCUUUCAUGGGGAGCUAUUGAGUUCAGGAAGGAGAUCACAGAUUUAGACCAAUUAGGUCAGACAUUAUGGGCCAUUAGAUGGGGCACUGACUAUUUCAUCAAAGCACAUCCACAGCCUAAUGUUCUUUGGGGACAGGUAGGAGAUGGGAACUCUGAUCACUAUUGUUGGGAGCGCGCAGAGGACAUGACAACUCCAAGAAAUGCUUACAAAAUUGAUGAAAAUCAUCCCGGUUCAGACAUUGCUGGUGAAACUGCAGCUGCCUUGGCCUCAGCUGCCAUAGCUUUCAAGCCUUACAACUCUUCCUACUCCAAUCUCCUCUUAGUUCAUGCAAAACAGCUUUUCUCAUUUGCAGAUAGAUUCCGAGGAUUAUAUGAUGAAUCCAUUGAAGAUGCUAAGGACUUCUACACCUCAUCGGGUUACUCCGACGAGCUACUAUGGGCUGCGGCAUGGCUCUACGAAGCAACCAACGAUGACUACUACCUCAAGUAUGUGGUGGACAAUGCCGUGUAUAUGGGUGGAACUGGAUGGUCAGUCAAAGAGUUUUCUUGGGAUAACAAAUAUGCUGGUGUCCAAAUCCUUCUCACAAAGGUUUUGUUAGAGGGAAGAGGUGGUGCAUAUACUUCCACACUGAAACAAUAUCAGGCCAAAGCAGAUUACUUUGCCUGUGCUUGUCUGCAGAAAAAUGAUGGCUACAAUGUCCACACAACUCCUGGGGGCUUGUUAUACGUGCGUGAAUGGAACAACUUGCAGUAUGUUACUUCUGCUUCGUUUCUUCUAGCAGUUUACUCCGAUUAUCUCUCUGCUGCAAAUGCCAAGCUCAAUUGUCCGGAAGGACAAAUUCAACCUCAAGAGGUCCUCAACUUUGCAAAGUCUCAGGUUGACUACAUUCUUGGUAAAAACCCCAAGUCAAUGAGCUACAUAGUUGGGUAUGGAGCAAAGUAUCCAGUUCAUGUACACCACAGAGAUGCUUCCAUUCCUUCUAUAUCAGUUCUUCAUGCUGUGGUUGGAUGUGUGCAAGGAUUUGAGAUAUGGUAUCACCGCACUGAGGGAAAUCCUAAUGUCGUCUAUGGGGCACUUGUGGGAGGUCCUGACCAGAAUGACAACUUCUCCGAUGACCGCUCCAACUAUGAAGGGACAGAGCCUACAAUUUCUGGCACUGGUCCCCUAGUAGGCCUCUUCUCUAAGCUACAGAGUUUAAAUGGUGGUUUCAAUAGAGGAUCACCAAAAUCCCAUACACCCACACCAAGUGCCUAUCACCCUGAAACAACAGCACCCCCAAAAAAAUCAGAUACUCCUAUCAAAUUCCUUCACUCUAUAACUAGCACAUGGACUGUUGCAAAAACAAGUUAUUAUCGACACAAGGUGAUACUAAAGAACACAUCCCAGAAACCGAUAACAAAUGUGAAGCUGGUGCUUGGAAACCUCGAAGGGCCGUUAUGGGGUCUCUCUCCAACUCCACAGAAGAACACAUAUGAGCUUCCUCAAUGGCAGAAAGUCCUGCAGCCUGGCGCCGAGUGCACUUUUGUUUACGUUCAAGGUGGCCCUCAGGCAAAGAUAUCUAUUCAAAGCUACAAUUGAUCGACUAUUCAAACAAGAUGCCAACACAUUUUUCCUCGUCAAAAUGUAAUUUGCUACUGUAAAUUUUUUUAAAGUUAAGUUGAAAAUUUUGUUAUCCAAUCCACCCUGAAUCCCUGAUGUUAUUCAGCGUACCGGAAUUGAUCUUUAGCUCUCUGACUUGUGUAUCUGGGGUUUGACAUCUAAUGGCCAG